AUGUCUUCACCAAGCGUUCUCUCAAACAAAGACGUUAAUAUCUCGACCAUGAAUCAAAAUACUGUUGUUGUUGAUGAUAAGAAACCAUCUAUGGUGGCUGAUCCUCAUAGUAUGGAGUAUCAUCGUCAGGUUUUGCAGAACAAGAUGCAACAAAAUGCGGGUCAAGAGGAAAAAUAUAUUUCUCCAUCUGAUACCAUCCAGUCUCCAACUACUGCCAAAUUGUCGGCUUAUCGCAACAAACAGGUUGGAAAGAACGCCAAACCCCGUUCCCUCUUUGCCAAAACCUCCGCCAAAAACUUCACAGCUGCGAACAACGGCCAGCUCUUCGGUAAAGAUAUUUCGAGCCCAAAACAAACCACAAACGACAACAUUGCUGGCGAUGCUAUGCAAGAAUAG